AUGGGUUGUUGGGGCAGUAAAAAUCCAACACCGUCGAAUCCCGUCUCUGAUGGAGAGACCACCAUAUUGGGAAAGCCAUUGGAACACAUCAAUAAGUUUUAUAACCUGGGGAAGAAACUGGAUGUAGGUGAUCUUGCUACAACCUACAUGUGCAAGCAGUUUUCUACGGGAAACAUUUACGCCUGCAAAUCCGUACGCAAGAGGUUGCUAAGCAGCAAGAAAGAGAAAGAGGUUGUCAAGACACAGAUUGAGAUUUUGAAUCGCUUUAUAGGAGAGCCCAACAUCGUACAGAUCAAAGGUUCUUACGAGGAUAGAAGUUUCGUGCACAUCGUGAUGGAAUUGUGUACUGGUGGGGAUUUAUUCGACAAGAUCGAAGCUGUGGUCAACGACCAGAGCUAUUACUCGGAGAAGGAUGCUUCUGAAAUCUUCAGGUCGAUUAUGAAUGCUGUGCAAAGUUUUCACUCCAAGGGUGUGAUACAUCGGGACAUCAAGCCCGAGAACUUUGUCCUCUCGAGUAACAAUGAAGAUGCUUUGCUCAAAGCAAUCGGUUUUGAAAACUCUGUUUGCAUCAAAGAUGGAAAAGGUGUCCAGGAUAUAGUAGGCAGUGAUUUCUACAUUGCUCCUGAAGCAUUACAAGGAUCCUACGGGAAGGAAAUUGAUAUAUGGAGUGCAGGUGUCACAUUGUACGUCCUACUCAGCGGCCGAUUCCCAUUUGAAAACGAUGAUGAGAUUAAGAGUGGCAAAAUCGAUUUGUCUGGCGGCCCAUGGGUUCAUACGUCUCCGGCCGCAAAAGACCUUGUCAAGCCGAUUCUCUGCUGCAAAGGCAACGAAGCUAAAGAUACGCCUAUGGAUAAUGAUGUCUUAUCCCGUAUGAGAAAAUUCCGAGCUGUGAACAAGUUUAAGAAGCUAGCUCUUAAGGUUAUUGCGGAGAGUAUAUCGGAAAAGGAAAUCAAAAGUCUUAAAUCAAUGUUUGCCAGUAUGGAUACCGAUAAAAGCGGGACAAUCACUUAUGAAGAGCUCAAAAUUGGGCUGAAUAGACUUGGGUCUAAACUCUCUGAAACUGAAGUUAAACAACUUAUGGAAGUCGCUGAUGUGGAUGGUAAUGGAACACUAGAAUACCUCGAGUUUAUCUCAGCGAUGAUGCAUAGACAGAGAAUGGCUCAAGAGGAACAAUUUUACAAAGCAUUUCAAUACUUCGAUGUAGACAAUAGUGGGUACAUAACGAGGGAUGAGUUGGAGAGAGCCAUGAAGGAGCAUGAUAUGAGAGAUGAAACAAGUGCAAAACAAAUUAUGUCGGAAGUCGAUACAGAUAAUGAUGGAAGAAUAAACUAUGAUGAAUUUUGCGCGGUGAUGAGAAAUGGCACGAUGCAGCCACAAGGAUAA